UCGAUCUAUAGUUGGACUGAUACACAAUUUCGUCCUCAUUGCUCACCAGUUUUACAUAAUACUACAAGAAACGUUGGAGCCAGUUGAUGGUGAACAUAGUAGGAAAAUACAAAUUGUGAAACAAUGACAGAAUCCAACUUUUCAUUAACCUCAGAAAACUAUACAUAUGACCACACAGAAAUCGGACAAGCGAUUGAUUUCGCCCAUCGAGUGAUUCUUGGCUUUAACAUAUCAUGUCUGGUUCUGGGGAUUCCCGUGAACAUUUUUAUUCUAACAGCCAUUUUGACGUCUCCAAGUUUACGACUGAAGCUCAGAAACCAAAUUAUAGCGAUCAUGUGUGUUUGCUUUCUGGUGGAAGUCGUAGUCGAAAGCAGUUAUGUUACAUAUAUUAUUAAUAGGUUGGAUGAAAUAAUGAUGAACUGUGAUUUGAAAAUUUUUAGCUUUAAUAUUCAUGUGUUAGCUGAUUUUAUAAUCACAUGGUACGUUGUUGCACUGUUGAUUAUUUAUAACGCAAAGCUAAACGAUUUUGAUCCCAAAAGAUUGGUAAAUGAGAAAACUCUUAAGAUAGGAACUGGUGUUGUUUUGUCGCUUCCAUUAGUAUUAGCAGUCAUUACAAUACCACCGACAAUUCAUACAUUGAUGAAACAAAAUCCGAUAAGCAAUUAUCGUUGCCUUCUUUUAACUAUCGAAGAUUAUCAAAAUUUGCUUGUAGCCUCCACAAUAACCCCUCUCCUAUCUGCAAUUGUGCUGUUAGUUGUUGCAAUUGUGGCCUAUCGACGACGAUUUAGACUAGGAAUUUUUGGUCAGCCUGCCGGUGUGGAACUAAUGGACGGUGGCACCGUAGUGGACAAGCCUGUGGCUUACAUUGUAGCAGUGUCUCUGUGUGUGGUAUGCUACUCUCUACACGUCAUUUUAAAUUUUAAAGACUUAGCGAGAUCAUUCGUCGAAAGCUUAAGAUUCUUUAUGGCGAAUGAAUUUUUAGAAAACGCCUUCACCUACUUACUUCCCUUGUCGUGGCUAUGUCUUGACGACGUGAGAGAGAGAAUAAAAACAUGGCGUCCGUGGUGUCGUACAAGACAGAACGUUGACAUCACAGUCAGCUACAACAAGGAAGAUAAUGCUUAAUGAUUUAAACACUAUUAAUUAUUUGAUGAAACUGUAAAAUAAUAAUAAUAAUAAUACUAAUAAUAUUCUUAUAAUGUAAAAACGUGCAUCCACUUUAUAAGUUAUUAAUUAAAGUAAAUUUACUUUUUUCGAAUUUAAUAUAUUUUUUCUCCGUCACUUUCCUGUAAAAAUUAGUGUACACUUUCCAACGGUAAAUAAAGGAGUCUCAUAUCUUUUUUGAGAAAUAGUUUAAAUAAUGUGUUCAUUGUUUUGUUGACAC